GUUAAGCGAUAUAAUAUUCUUACUUUAAUUUAUACUACUCUUUAGGUUAAAUUGUUUAAUUUGAUAUAAAUAUCGAGUGCGAGUAAGUAUGGCUUGAUAUUGAAGAAUCUAAGCUUGAGAACCAACAACACAGCCGUUUUGACCAGCACAGCUCCAUCAUUUGUGCCCGCUGUUGCCUAAUUGCUUACAGAGUCUUAAAUUCAUUCUCCACUUUCAUUGACCUUCUUAAAAUAAAGGAGAGCUGUAAGGAAUGGGAAGAAGAGUUGGCAAACACUAAACAGAAAUUGUCAAACCUUAAUAAAUUGGUGAAUGUCCAUAGUAGCUUGCAAAAUAUUAAUUUAAGUUCAAGUUAACAUUCUUUAUAUCCUGCAUAAUUAUUUAUUUCCAUUUCUCUGGAGGAUUACUGGUUUACACAUCUAUUUUGUCCUCAUCCCUAAAUAUAUAUAUAAUGUAGGAGUAAUUGAGAUUCUUGUGACUCAUUCUAUUACAUAAGUUUAUUUACACAGUUAACUAAACUGAAGGAUGCAUGCAUUUCUUUUACCUUAGUACUGUUUCCAACUGAAGAAACUAACUUAUCUAUCUGCUGUUCAUUACUUGUUGAGCAUGUCUGAAUCUCAGACUUCUGUAAAACUUCCCAUUUUCGACAUCUCGAGGCCUUUUGGUUCAUCUUCUCUUAAGUCCCUUUCUUUAGCUUGUAAAGAAUGGGGUUUCUUUCACAUCCGCAACCAUGGAAUUCCCAAAGAUUUAUCCAGACAACUUCAUUUCGUUUCCAAACAGACUUUCAGUUUUCCUUCUGAUGUAAAGCUGAAAGCUGGACCCUUGUCAAAUAUAAGAACCUACACUCCCCAUUUCAUUGCUUCCCCUUUCUUUGAGAGUCUGAGGGUGUCCGGACCUGACUUCUUUGCCUCUGCACAAAGCACUUGCCAUGCCCUCAUCAACCAGCCAAUUCCCGAAUUCAGUCAUGCAAUGGAGGAGUAUGGGAGCAAAAUGGAGAAACUGUGCAAAAGCAUUGUUGAGGUCAUACUGAUGAGCUUAGGCCCUGAAUUUGAGCAGAAAUUUGCAUCUGAAUUCAAGAAUUGUCAUGGCUAUCUAAGAGUAAACAACUACACUCCACCCGAAUUCACGACAAAUGUACAAGAGGAAGAAGAAGUUGAAGGGCUAGGGAUGCACACUGAUAUGAGCUGCAUAACAAUAGUGUAUCAAGACGAAGUUGGUGGUCUUCAAGUUAGAUCCAAAGAAGGUAAGUGGAUGGACAUUGAUCCUUGUCAAGACACUCUUGUUGUGAAUGUUGGUGAUCUUUUGCAGGCUUGGAGUAAUGGGAAAUUAAGGUCAUCUGAGCACAGAGUUGUCCUAAAAGAGCCUGUAAGUCGAUUUUCCAUUGCUUUCUUUUGGUGUUUUGAAGAUGACAAACUGAUUGCUGCUCCCAAAGAGAUUGUUCGUAGCGAAAAUUUGAGGGUCUAUAAGCCUUUUCUUUGUGCUGAUUAUUUGAAGUUUAGAGAAAGCAAUGAGAAAGGCAAGUUUGAGAAAGUUGGUUUCACAGUAAAACAUUUCGCAGGUAAAUAAUUACUAUCUUUAUUAUAGCAUUCUCUUCUUCCCAUUGAUGCGUCUCCAGGUGAUAACAAUAUUUUUUGUUAUUGGCAGCUGAAUUUGUCCUUCUUCUUUUUCAAUGUCUUAAGUUAUGGUUUACUUUGUAUCUUAAAUUUUUUAUUGCAUAUUCUAGCACAAGUACCGAUAACUUUGUCACAAAAAUCCUUGAAGUUUGACCUUUUGCACCA